UAAUGGGCAUCAGCUACGGUUUGGUGGUUUUAAUUUCGUCAACAAUAUUUACAUAGCUGGAAAAUUGCAAUAAACCAUUCUGAAUGUAAAUAAAAUUAAAAAUUUCGUAUCGCUCAUAAAGCCAUUCAGUUACGUGGUGGACACAAAAUUUGUUGUGUUUUGUUGUUGUUUUUUAAAGGAAAAAUAUUUUUGUGUGGAAACGGUGGAAACGCAUUCUGUUUAUGCGUAAAAAAUGUGUUCUCACAAAUACGGAAGUACAGUUCUCGUUCCGAGAUAACUUAACCGAAUGAUGAACGUAGUGUCCAAUUUUAAUAUUUUUACGAAACUAAAAUCAAGUAACGAGAUGUGGAGAGACUGUGAAAAAUGGAAAGCAGUGUGGAAAAUGUACAUUUUAGGUUUUAUCUGCUGCAGCAGCGAUUUAUUUACAUUCGGACUGGAGUCUCAUUUCUACAAAACGCAAGGUGAUCGCUUGAUCCAAAACGCUUUACAAUCAUCCGAGUAUGACAUCCAUCUGGAAGACUUCUUUUGGACUGGUUCUGGAGAUGGCCCUCCAAGUUAUAGAAAGUCCGUGAUAGAGAAAAGUAACUCUCGUGACACAAUAAUUACAACAUCAACAGUUGUUGCAACGGUCUACAUUGAUGGAAACAUGGACUUGGAAUCAGAUCCGUUAUGUUUACAUGACUGUACCGAGUCGAAUACAUAUGCAUCCGGGUAUUUACCCUCCGACAGACGAUACUGGUUGCUAACUGUUCUCGCUGGAUAUUUUUCACAGGAAGACUAUCCGAUUAUUGAAGAUAAGCUGGCACAACUGUAUCGUAUGGCAUUUUCGAGACAACAGUCCUGGCACUUGGGCAUAUCCCAAACCAUAUUUGGUAAUCGUACCGAUAACCGUAAAAGGAGUCUGAAUUCGAUGAAUGUUUCUUCAUUUACGCACCAAAUCUCUCCGGAUCAAACUGACAGCAAUGUUGAGAAUGUUAGGGAAACCGAAACUGUUUCAAAUCCACACCCAAAUUACCAUCGCUUGAGGAAAAGAGACGCGUUGAAUACGACCGUGGAAAGCAAUAAGGACGCGUAUGUGAUCGUUCCAUCAUCGAAAAAACGAGCUUUAAAGGGAAAUGGAGAUAAUCGACGAAUCAACGUUGUUGUUCAUAACAUUACGGCGUUGGUUAGUGACGAUAGUCGAUUGGUCGAUGAUAUUAGGGGAGACAGUACAGUCCCUAGCUUUAGAAAUCAGUCCGCUGGCAACCAGACCGAAAUCAUUUAUUCGGUGUUUGUGGACAGAAAGCCAGUGCUUGCCAAGACAGCAGCCGAUGACAUGAAAUUGGUCACGGAGGAGGAAGUGGCUCGGGUCAUGGAGAAAUUAGUGUUCAUAAAAGCAGAACCAUAUUUGAAAGAGCCACAAGCGACUCCAUUAAUACCAUCAACUGAAGUGAAUCAAAACUCAAAUCUGAUAGCAGUUAUCGGACAAAGUCCGACCAUGAUCAUUAUUGCAAUUAUCGCUACGAUAUUAUUGGUCGUGUUAUUUAUCGGCUUAUUACUGAUGACCCGGGCGAAAAGGAAACGAUCAGCUGAAGUUAAGAGACUCACCAGCCGGUCGUUCAAGAAUCAAUCAACAGGUCACCUUCAAGAAAUCGAAAAGGCCGACAGUGAAAAUGGAAUUGAGAACAUAGCAUUCGUAAAUGAUGCUGAUAGUGUUGGCAAAAAAGACACAGAUGCGAUGAUGGCUGUACAGAAGAGAAAGACCGAGAAUCCUGUGCUACAUUUUCCACAUCCACCACUAUCAUCACCUAGCAGUUCGACAUCGGAUUCGUCUAUCUUUUACCCAAAGCGACGAUCUCGGCUAGACGUAGAAAAUAUUCUCGAUGAGAAACCAAUCGCUCAUUUCGAUUCGAAGGGUGCCGAGCCGCCAAUAUAUGCAACUGUGACGAAGAAAAAGGAAAAUCGCAAGAAAAUCAAACGAAAAUAUCUAUCAGAGAAUCGGGUUGGAUCGAUGGACGAACGGAACACAAACUCAUCGCAGAGUUCCACUUACAGCGAAGUGUUUGACGGAUCGGAAAAAAAUCAUGAACGGGACAGCAAACGACCAUUGCAGCAAUACAAUAAAAAUAAAAUUUUACAAGACAAUAAGUUUAGUGUACGGUCACCCGACGACGAACUUGAGUCGCCUACGGAAGCGUUUAACAAGGAAAUUCUACGAGCUUUACAGAGAGGAAGAUCACCUGGCGAUAGCAUCAGUAUUGGAUCAUAUUUAAGCAUGGCUUCAGUUAGAAGUUUCCCGAAAUGUACCGUACCAGAACCAUUAAGUAGAGUCCUGGAACCCGUUAGUAUGACACACUUAGAUCAUUCCGAAAUCGAGGGAUCAGACACCGGCGGAAUACCGAGAAUUGUUGACGCACAAUACAAGAGCGGACGAAAUGUGGGUGUUGGUCCUGAGAGCAAUAUUGAAGGUGACGGAGGCUUCAGCAGAAGUCAAAGUGACGGUGCCGAUCCAGGUGUCCUCAAUUGGGAAUUGCACAAGAGAAUGAUGGACAACAAAGAAGUCAUGAGUCCGCUGAGAGACCCAGUCCUAACGAGAACACGGUUCGAAGGUCUGCUAGAAGGUGCAAUCAAACUAUACUCGAAUGAUGAUACUCACACUGAGAUUGGCAACAACGACGUUCCUGGUGCAAUACGACCGAUAGAAAAUAAAUCAAAGUCCGCAAUGGAUAUGUACAGAAAUCGAGGGGAUUUAUCACGAUCAAUAUCUGAGCAUAAAUACAAUCGACCUUUCACCGCAGUUCCAUCAAAGACGAGUAAUGAAAAUCGUACAACACCUCCAUCGCCUUACAACAAGAAGGCUUGGGGUAGUAGUGCUCCCUCACCAUUGAUUCGACCGUUAAGUGCUGGUCCAUUUCAUAGGCCCGAACCGCCCGCCGUUGAUGUUGUUCGAGUGCUUGCUCCACAUAGUUCCACCAUUUUAUCCACCGCACCGCUUAUCGAAGCCAUUCAAAACGAGCUGAAGAAAUUUAACAAAUAGAUCGACGGUUUUGCGAUACAACUUACAAAAAGCGUGAAAUAAUAUAGGAACGUCAUUUCCAUUGUAACUGCCAUUUUUUUAGGUUUAUAGAAAAAAAUAGGAUUAACGGUUGCAUGGUAGAUUUGGAUAUUUUUACUGUGGCACACGAAAAUGUUUGUAAUUUCUUAUAAUAUUCAAAAUUAAACUAUUGAACCCGUCGUAUGUAUU